UGGAGCCACAGUGUGGCGGUGGAGGCAGCAGCAAUGGGAGGCGGUACAAGGACCCAUGUCACACUGUGGACCCAGCAGCAGCGUGACGAGGCGGUACGGGGGCCCAUGGCAGAUUUGGGGCCUGGCAGCACCUAUGGGAGGCCUGUAAUCUGCCAGCAACCUAUGACAAAAUGGAAACCAGCAGGAGUGUGAGGAGACCUGAAAGUGGCACAUGGCAGAGUGUGGCGAUGGAGACAGCAGCAAUGGGAGGCCGUACAGGGACCCAUGAGAGACUGUGGACCUGGCAGCAGCAUGA